AAGAGAAAAGACAAAAACCUCUACGUGUGAAGGCAGCUAUAUGAUUAUUCUUUGCCUGUGGAAUCAAUCAGUAUCACCCUCGUCUUCCUCCUCUCUCUAGAAAAUCCAUAAGCCAUGAUCAUGAAUAAGAAGAUGAUGAUUGGUGUAGUAGCAGGGGUGAUUCUGAAUCUAGGGUUUCUACUCGGGGGCGUCCAAUCCAUUCGAUUUGAACUCCAAUCAGGCCACACCAAAUGCAUUGCUGAAGACAUCAAGGCCGAUUCCAUGACCGUCGGCAAAUACUCUGUCGUUAACCCUAACGACGGCUAUCCUAUUCCCGAUUCACAUAAAGUCACUGUUCGGGUGACUUCUGCCUAUGGCAAUAACUAUCACUAUGCGGAUCAUGUUGAUUCUGGCCAGUUCGCUUUUCCGGCGGCCGAGGCCGGGGACUAUAUGGCUUGUUUUUGGGUUGUGUAUCACAAGCCGCCCUUGACGUUGACCAUUGAUUUAGAUUGGAAAACGGGAGUGGCCGCCAAGGACUGGUCCAAUGUUGCCAAGAAAGGCCAGGUCGACGUGAUGGAAUUAGAGCUGAAGAAGUUGUAUGACACUGUUACGUCAAUUCACGAAGAGAUGUUUUAUCUUCGAGGAAGGGAAGAAGAAAUGCAGGAGCUUAACCAAGCAACUAACUCAAGAAUGGCAUGGCUGAGUUUUCUUUCACUAUUUGUUUGUUUGUCAGUGGCGGGCUUGCAACUAUGGCACUUGAAGAACUUUUUUGAGAGGAAGAAACUCCUCUAGUGCACUUGUAGACAAGUUUUUCUUACUUUUUUUUCACUUGCUCUUGUAAAAUCUUUCAAUAAUUCAAAAGGAAAAAAGUAUUUGAUCAAGAUGACAGAUAAAUUGUGGGGGUUCAAUGACAUAGAUUUCAUUAUAGUGUUCCAGAAAAUUCCUUGUGUUUGAA